AUGUCGGACUCGAAAUCGAUACCUACGGAACCAAGGUCGGGGAAGGAUCCGCCUGUGCCUGUUCCUGUGUCUGUUGUGAGGGGAGAGAUGGAUAAAGAGGGUCGGAUGGAGAUGGAGAUGGAGAUGGAGGGGAGGAUGGGGAUAGAGGGUGUGGGUGAGGGGAAGGUAGAUGGGAAAGGAGGGGAUUCGAAUACACCAAUACAAACACAAACACAAACACAGACAAACGAACCAUCACACCCACAACCCCAGCCACGCCCAACGAUCCUAACCCAAGCUCCCUCCGACUACCACCGCCCUUCCUCCUCUCCCUCUCACUCUCAAAGAAACCCCGAAGCAGGCGCAGAAACACAACUACCACCCCAAUUCCAAAGCGGACUAGACCCCGACCCCUCACCUCCCACGCCCCCAAAGAACUUCCAAGGCUUCUUCGUCCUCGUCGACGAUGUAAAGACGGGUGUUAGCACACAUCCCCGCCAGAUACGAUACCUAUUCAGUGACGAUGAGGAUGUGGGGGGGUUGACGGGGAGGUUGUUGGGGUGUUUGCCUUCUUCUACUUCUGAUGGUGUUGGUAAUGACGAUGAGAAUGAGAAUGAGGCUGGGUAUCAUGGGGGAGAGGGGGAGGGGUUGGAGGGUAGUGAGGAUACGUAUCGAUUGAGAGGGGGAGAUAGGGAGGGAAGUAGGGAAAGAAGGGAAAAAGAAAGGGAAAGGGAAAGGACGAUUAUCAUUGACAUAUCAAAUACUGGUGAUGCGAUAACUGGUAUCCAUUCUCUGACCGAUGCGUGGCAAGUCGUCAACGGGGUUAUUGGGAAGGCACCUACAUUCGAAAGCUCAAAUGCGAAUUCGAAUUCUAAUUCGAAUGCUGGUCCUCAGCAUACCUCGAGCUCGGAUCCUGCUUCUACUGUUCCGGGAGGUGCCCAUGAUGGCACAGCCCAAGACAAUCCUGCCCAAGGUGGAGAUGGUGGUGUAGAUGGGUCGGCCGCCUUGAUGCUAAGGGUUAAAGGCGUAGGCAGGGAGGCGUUUGGUGGCGGGGUGGAUGGUGAUGAGGAGGGGGAGUUUGUAGGUAGAGAGGGGAAAGGGGAGAUGGGUGAGGAUGAGAUGAGGGGUUUGUUGGAGGGGUUUGAGAGGAGACUGGGGCUUUUGAGGAAGGUUGUUGAGGGGGGUGGGGUUGGGUAG